GUCACAUCCUGAUUCUAGAAAAAGCUGAUACAGUGCUGCAGAGGUUAAGGAGAAGUUGGGUUGUGUGUAAAGAGCCAUAGCUAUAUUGUGUUACAUUUGUUUCAGUUACUUUGAAUUGGUAUAUAAUUUUAUAAGAUCUGAUAUAUAUAAAAUUACUUCAUAAUGCCAAGACGCGGAAGAUCUAGCCCACCACCAAGGUCAUCAAAUGUGCCAGCACGUACAUCGCCCACGUAUUCUCAGCCAGCCCCACAGCAUGCAAUGCCUCAGCAACCAGCAGUGGUGCAGCAGCAGCAGCCUGGAUUAUUGAAACAGAUGGCUGCAACAGCUGGAGGAGUGGCUGUGGGAUCUGCAGUGGGUCACACUGUAGGGCAUGCUUUGACCGGAAUGUUCAGUGGUGGUGGUGGUUCCAAUGAAGUCCAGCAGGCAGGAGCUGCUCCUGCCCCACAGCAGCAAGGAUUGUAUGAAGCACAACAACGGGAGCCAACUGGACCUUGUGCUUGGGAGAUUAAACAGUUCUUACAGUGUGCACAAGGCCAGAGUGAUCUGACACUAUGUGAAGGAUUCAACGAAGCCUUACGCCAGUGCAAGCAAGCCCACAGCUUGUAAUUACGUUUUCUGUAGUUCCUGAUUUUAGGCUAUAUUAUCAGAUGAGUUUUCUGCAGCUAAAUAAGCAACAUAGGAAGACCAUAAAUGAUGUUUAUAAAAGAGCUCUGUACUUUUCAAGUUUGGUGUAAAUAGUAGUAUCAGAAAUGCAGUAUGUAAGCUAGAGGAAUUAAAUCUGUUGAUAUGCUUAGUUUUAAAAAAAAUUUUGGCUUCAGUCAUGAAUUUGUUUCAUUAGGGGGUUCUGAAUAAAUGUUUACCCUGAAGGCAAGUUUUAUUUAAACUGUGUGGAGGUUUGAAAUUUGUAACCUCUUAUGUACACAGAAGAUGUGUUUCUGUAUGUAUGUGAGAGGAGAUUUGGUAAAGCCAAGAAUGAGAUGGUAUGUGGUUAGAAUAUGAAGGAAUAAAUGAAUUAAUUCAUAUUGAAGUAAACUGAUAGAAAGAUGUACCUUGAAUUACUAUAUUAGGACACUUAACAGCAUGAAUGCGAGAGCUGACCAUCUCCGAUUCAGAGUCAUAUUAAGAUUGGUUAUCUGCAUAUGCAGUACAUGGUAUCUUAUAGCAGAAUUAGUUUGUAACUGGAUAUUUAACAAAUAAAUUGAAGUCUGUAUCUAUUCCA